AGAAAAAAAAGGAUAAGCCUUACAGUUAUUUCUCUUCUUAGGAUAAGCCUUAAGAGGGAAAAAUUCCAAAAAGCUUCCUAAGCAGGAGAGCUCCAAUCUCCAUUUGAGACCAAAAUCGAAUUUUAGUGAAUACCCAAAUGGCGAUUUCAUCGUCUUCACUGUCAGCAGCUCUUUUUCCAAUGUGUAAUUCAUCUUCCAUUUCUGCAAAACCCAAGUUUUCUGUUCUUUCUUUGCCUUUAAAUUCUGUUAAGUUACAGGUUUUUAACCAAUCUAGAGUGUCAACAACAAAGGUUUUUGCUUCUCCUGAAGUAUUGGAUGCCCAGAAUGUUGAUGCUGAUGUUGAGGAUAUUCCAGCUGCUUCGACGCUGAGUGUUGGAGGUGACUCUGAUAAGGCAGCGCCAAAGCAGAAGAUUAGGAUCAAAUUGAGGUCAUACUGGGUACCCCUAAUAGAAGACUCUUGUAAGCAAAUUAUGGAUGCUGCAAGAACGACAAAUGCAAAGACCGUAGGUCCUGUACCACUGCCCACCAAAAAGAGAAUUUACUGUGUCCUCAAAUCUCCACAUGUUCACAAAGAUGCCAGGUUCCAUUUCGAAAUAAGAACUCAUCAACGCCUUAUUGACAUUCUUUACCCAACUGCCCAAACUAUCGACAAGUUAAUGCUGCUUGACCUUCCUGCUGGUGUUGAUGUGGAGGUCAAGCUCUGAGAAAAUUGCUUCUCCUCCGUGUUUGACAUCGUAACCUUGUCUAUCUCUUGGUAGUUCGUUUCUGGUUUUGCAUUUUGUACUCAUAGAGACUUGUGCACAAUCAUUUCUUGGGGAAAAGUAGGGUAAACACAUUUUUUUUUCUGUGUAAUGAUUUGAUUACUUGAUUACUAAGCAUCUUUUCAAUCUCA